AUGUCACUGUCGGGACCCAGCCCCUGCUCCACUGCCAGGGCCCAGCCCCCCCAUGUCACUGCCAGGACCCAGCUGCCCUCCUUCACUGUUGGGACCCAGCUCUCCCUAUGUCACUGCUGGGACCCCCUCAUCACUGCCGGGACCCAGCCCUUCUCCCCAUGUCACUGCCAGGACCCAGCCCCCCCCAUGUCACUGCCAGGACCCAGCCCCCCCAUGUCACUGCCAGGACCCAGCCCCCCCAUGUCACUGCCGGGGACCCAGCCCCCCUCCAUCACUGCUGGGACCCAGCUGGGUUUCCCCUUCCCCUGGGAAGGAGCCCCUUCCCCAGAAUUCCUUCAUGGCCCAGAGGAGACCCCUGGGGUGGCUGGGGUUGGGGCCCAAGGGCGGCCUCUUCUCCCCUGGAGGCUGUCACUCACUGGACACAUCUCCGACGCUGACCCCGCCUGGGGCCUGCACUCUCGGUCACACGAGCCCCCUAAGACCCCACUGUCCGGCCUCGUGAUCUGGCCGGUGGUUGUCCAGCGGCCUGAGGCGGCGCGCCGCAUCUUCUACGACGGCAUCAUGGAGCGCAUCCCCAACACGGCGUUCCGCGGCCUGCGGCAGCACCCGCGCACGCAGCUGCUCUACGCCCUGCUAGCCGCCGUCUGCUUCGCGGUGACCCGGUCCCUGCUGCUGACCUGCCUGGUACCGGCCGGGCUGCUGGGCCUGCGCUACUACUACAGCCGGAAGGUGAUCCUGGCCUACCUCGAGUGCGCGCUGCACACGGACAUGGCCGAUAUAGAGCAGUACUACAUGAAGCCGCCUGGCUCCUGCUUCUGGGUGGCCGUGCUGGACGGCAACGUGGUGGGCAUUGUGGCCGCGCGGGGCCACGAGGAGGACAACACGGUGGAGCUGCUGCGCAUGUCCGUGGACUCCCGCUUCCGUGGCAAGGGCAUCGCCAAGGCGCUGGGCCGCAAGGUGUUGGAGUUCGCCCUGCUGCACAACUACUCUGCGGUGGUGCUGGGCACAACGGCCGUCAAGGUGGCCGCCCACAAGCUCUACGAGUCGCUGGGCUUCAGACACAUGGGCGCGAGUGACCGCUACGUGCUGCCCGGCAUGACCCACUCGCUGGCCGAGCGCCUCUUCUUCCAGGUCCGCUACCACCGCUACCGCCUGCAGCUGCGCGAAGAGUGACCGCCGCUGCCCCCGCCCGCUGCCCGGCCGCCCACCUCCCCACGUCCACCCGCCCGCCGCCCGCCUGGCCCCGCUUCAGACGCUC